AUGCCGCCCAAAGCUCAAACAGAAGGAUGGAGAAGGCAAGCGGAAGAAACAAAGAAGAAACAGGUGGGAGAGGAAGAAGAGGAAGAAGAGGAAGAAUUUGGAGAAGAUGGAGAGGAAGAGGAGGAGGAAGAGGAGGAGGAAGAAGAGGGAGAAGAAGAGGAGGAAACGGAGGGAAAGGAGGGAAAGAAGAAAGAUUCAAGCAAAAACGAGAAGCCGAAGAAGGUCCCCACCGCUGCGGAGAUUGGCCAAAAACUCAAGGAGGUGAUAUUGACCCACCGAAAAGGCUUGCAAAAUAUGUACGGGAAACAAGGGCUGGAUAACAGACUGAAGGAGGAAAUUAAAAGGGGGGUGGAAAUGGCCGAAAUAUUGAUUCAGGAAAUGGGAUGCGGUUACGAGGUUGCGAAAGCUUUAACUGUGCUGACGCUUUAUAAUCUGGCCAUUUUAAUCGGUAGGUUCUGGUAAUGGCUUAUAGGCUUAGGAUUCAUUUUGCUUACUCUUGGGUGGAUGUAUAGAUGACUCGGAUACUAUCAUAGAAGAAGAAGGGGGCACUAGGAAGGAGACCCUGAUACAAUAUGUCGACAACAUCACGAAAAUCUAUUCUAUGGCAAAGGGAGAUGGCUUCCUUGCCCUGCGUUUCAUGAACGCCCACCCAGGCAGGAGAAACUGGAGUGGGGAUUCGUCGAAAGCAUUUCUAGAUACGAACAUAGCUGGCGGUGUGACAAGGAUAGGAACAGAGCUUAAGAAUAAAAUCCUAGACCCCCUCAUAAUCCGGGGGGGCGAUCAGAAGAAACCUUUGCUGGUGCUAAUUGUCACUGAUGGCACGGUAUGUAUUCCUCCAAGAAUUCCUAAGACUAUAUAGUAACUAUUGGAAAACAGGUUGAGGGUGAGAGAAAAGGCUGUCUAAAGAAGGUCAUUCGGGAUUGUGUCAAUGAACGCAAAAAGGCUAAGAAAGGGUUUGAAGGUUAGUCUGUUGUAGGGCUUUAAAGAUUUAUUAUUAUUCCAAUUCUUACAAGGGAUUCGCAGCCGUAACAUUCCAAUUCUCACGCGUCGGAAACGACCCCGGUGCAGCGAAACUAUUGAAAGGGUUAGACCGAGAUAAGGAGCUCGGAGAAUUCAUUGACGUGCUGCCGGUCGAGCGAGAUCUCAAACGACAGCUGGAGGACGAUAAAUGGUUUGUUGUAUGUUAUAGCGCUCCUUUCUAUAAGCCCAUUGGAUUGAAACAGAAGCCACACUGACUUCAUAUUUCUUUUUGGGGAGACAGCUACCGAAGAUCCUGCUUGGUGCGAUCUUACCAGAUGUACGGGUCCCCCACCCCAACCCCCUGUCGAAACAAUCCGCUAACAAUAGAGAACAGUGGGAUCGGCAGGAUCAGUAUUCCGAUGAUGAGAGCGCGCCAGAGGACGAACUUGCCAACAAACAGAAGGGUGGUGACGAUGAUGGCUGGGAUGAUUGGGAUGAUUCAGUUCCAAACCCCAAGCCCAAUGGGGAGGCUGGUAGCACUAUAUCUUGA